AUGGUGACCACCGCUUCCGCUAGUAUUCCGUUUCCGAUAGAACCACCUAGUAACCGCCCGCUUCCUUAUGCCUGCCCUGCCCCUACAUUCCCGAGCAUCAGCUGCGGCUCGUCAUCCUCGAAAAUCACGGCUGAGAACCAACGGUUCAGCAACAGAGGCAGCGAGUCGGGCCCUCAGCCGCCACCAUAUCAGUCACAGGCCUCGGGUUCGAACUCCAUGUUAGCGUCCUCCGCCAUCCAUUGCGAACCCGGCAGCAAGGUCUCCAAGACAGUAGAUGAAGCUGCAUCAGCAGCAGCGUCGGCAACAGCGGCAUGCGGCGACGACGCGGCCAAUGUAAAGUACUGCGACCCUUUGGACACCGGCCCAGCCACCGUGGCUCCGCGGUUGCUGAGGGCCGAAGAGCAGUGCAACAAGAGCUCCCCUCCGGCGCACGCCACCCCUGCUGCGGGAAGGGCGCCGUCAGCCGACGAGAUGGUCCACAGCCCUGUCCUACUCCUCUCUGAGCUGCAGCAGCAGCCGCGUGCAGGCCACCUCCACCCGGUGCCAUCCUCGUCCUCGUCUUCCGGAGUGUCGGUUGUGACAGGUCGCAGAGGAGGCAUCACAGGACAGCCUUCACUGCGGCAUGCCUGUUGCCCGGGGCCACCACCGCACCAAGGGAGUGGUGGCAGCACUUCGGCAUUGUCUGGUGUUCAGCAGCGUCCAGCACCGGUACCUCGUGGUUCCAGCAGCCGUGGUGGUGGUGUCAGUGGGUUCCGGUCUACGUUCUCGGACAAUGUGUCGUCGUCCUCGCUUGCGGACAACAGUCCCGGCAGACCUGACGAGAUGCGAGGCCGGCAUGGUCCGCUACAGUCAGUUGCUACUGGUUCCAGCCACGUGGCAACCACGACAACUCCGCUUCGGAGUGGCUCCGACUGUGCACUCCAGUCAUUCAGGGCAUCACCAUCCAUUUACAACCUAUCCAGCUGUUCCUGUGAUGCUCCUAGAAGGUCUGAGAAGAGGCGGGGAGGACUGGUCGCGGUCGCACCGCCCAUAGUGGUCAGCGGAACAUCCUUGGAGGGAAUCUCCUCAACUUCGGCGGAAAUUUCCAAUGAUGAGCGACAGGAUAAUCGUCGGCAAGACCUGCGACCAGCUCGCAAAAGCCAGUGCCGCCCACCAGAGAAGCUGGUUGCAGGCUGA